AUGGCCGCUUUCGUCAACGUGUAUCGAUAUAGUGAGAUUGGGGAACUGUUGAGAUUCAAAGGAUGCGCGAAGACUAAGUUCAUGGGAUUCAUCGCACAGAUGGCCGGGUGCAUCAGCUCUGACUCCGGUCCCCUUAACUUCGUUUACGACGGCCACGCUUCGAAAGCGUACAAACCGCAAAGCACAGGUUCCAAACGUUCCAUUGCAGACGUGAUGGGUGUUUCCAGCUCGACGAACCUAAUAAGCACUCGAAAAGCUCUACACACCAUAGGAUCAUCUGAUCUGUUGCGCCCCUCUACUCGUUGCCCUGAACUUAUCAGUUACCCGAUUCCCGACGCUAUGUGUCGUUACAUACAUGGUAUAUCACCCAACAGCCGCAAUGUCUGCCCAUUCUCCGUCGUGCGUAUCCAUCCACAGCUCGUCGUCGCCAUUGACUGCGGCAACAUCGCAAAUACAAAUGUACCCAUCGCUGAUUGGGCUCUUCCAAUUACGGGCAGUACAUACAGUCCUCCUUUGCCUGAGGCAUUUCACGCCAAAGGACGCAAACGUACAAUUCUGGUGUCGACGAUGCCAAGAGUCGGGAAUGUGGGAUACAGCGGCAGAGAAGAGGGUGGGGUGGGUAGAGGACUCUCCGAACGGCCCAUGUACAUGGACCCAGCGACGUGUUCUAGUUCCUCUAGGUCGGACUUGUUCGCAACCAGGUUGCAGAAAAAGAGCGCGAUGGAGGCCAAGGGGGAUGGCAGUACUUACGAAGCUAGAACCGUGAGCUACCUCGUUAACCUCCCUUUCAUGCGCCGAUUUCAUCAGAGGGCUUGUCAAGUCUUGGAGAAUGCAACAAGGACGGACGAGGCUUUGGCGAAGUCGACAGUCGACCAACUUACGCGUGACCCUCGUCCGCCUUCUCAACUCUCGUAUUCGCCAUUUGAUGUUCCCUUUGUGCAAGAAGAGGAUCCACUACCGUGCUCUGUCGAACACUCAUCACCACCAUCCACUUACGAGGCUACGGUUGCCGACCACCCAGCAGCCGCAGACCAGUCGGAACUCCAACCACCCGGGUCCAUUGACCAUUUUUCAGCGCGAAUCACCACCGCGUUUGACCACCUCCCUUCUUCUUUCGAAGUCUUUGCCAGGACAGGCGAACGACACCUUCAGUAUCCUCUCUCAUCGUCGUUUGAUUGUCAUACGUGCCUUGAAAUCAACAGAAAUCAUCCGCGAUCUUUGAGGAUGUCCGGCUCAUUGAGCCAGUUUCAUUUACGCGAAACGUCCAAACGUCUCCAGAGAGAAACCGGAGAUCAGCUCACUACCGCAUGGAAUCACAGUUGCUCAACUUCUUCUGGCCUGAUUUUCUUCCCCACUCUCCACCAGCGCUACUGCUUGACGCCUCUUGGACAACAAUAUCAAAGCCAUAUGACGUAUGUCAGGCGUGUUUCUGCGACGCGCGUUACGCUCGUUUCAUCCGCCAGUUGUUUCCACGACGCAGGUCCCCGCCGCGUGGUAUGCUUCGGAGAGUCUGCUCUCCUUCUUGUCCACAUCAACGCAACUAGGAGUGGACUGACAUUUGGUUAUCUCACCGACGCGCGCUUAACAGCAUGUCGGGCUCCACCUCACCUUAUUUCCCUCAUUUCCUUUAGGAGUUCUGUCCGUCGCAUGUACUUCAACUCUGGCUUUCUUGGUGUCGAGACUCAGAAAAUCUUCAAAGAAGCCGAGCAAAGCUUCACGAAGCUUGAGCCUGAUGCUCGGUCGGUGGUGACCGAUCUUCUGGACCGAACUGUGUGGAGCGAGGAAAACACCAAGCGAUCCAUACCAUUCAAUCGACGGGAUGUCGAGAUCUUGCACAAAUACUUUGUCUUUCUUCGUUUCUGCAACAGCGCAGCGUACCGUCAGAUGGUUACGGACUAA